AUGAAAUUCCCGGGCUCAGUCCUCAUCUCUCUCGUCCUCUUCAUGUCCGAGACAGCGGCCGCGCUGUGCCUGAGCACGGACUACCACGACACGGGGAACCGCAUGUGGCAGACGCUGACGCUGCUCUUCGCCCUCUUUCCUUGCGCGCUGGUGCAGCUCAGCCUGGUCUUCAUCCACCGCGACGUGAGCCGCGACCGCCCGCUGGUGCUGCUGCUGCACCUGCUGCAGCUGGGGCCGCUCGUCAGGUGUGUGGAAGCCCUUUAUAUUUACUUCCGUGCUGGCAGAGUUGAAGAUCCCUAUGUCAGCAUUACAAAGAAGAGGCAGAUGCCCAAGGAUGGGUACUCAGAAGAAGUAGAGAAGGAAGUGGGACAGGCUGAAGGCAAGCUGCGCACACACAGGUCUGCCUUCAGCAGGGCCUCCGUCAUCCAGGCCUUCCUCGGCUCAGCGCCCCAGCUCACGCUCCAGCUCUACAUCUGUGUCCUGCAGCAGGAGGUCACGGUGGCCAGAAGUGUUUUUAUGGUUCUCUCUCUCCUGUCGAUCGUUUACGGCGCCUUACGCUGCAACAUCCUGGCCAUUAAGAUAAAGUACGACGAUUACAAUGUCCGUGUGAAACCUGCUGCCUACCUCUGCAUAUUCAUGUGGAGGAGCUUUGAGAUCGCCACACGAGUCACAGUGCUGGUGCUUUUCGGUUCAGUCCUUCAAAUCUGGGUUUUCGCCGUCGUGCUAGUGAAUUUCUUAGGUUUCUUCCUCUACCCCUGGAUUCUCUUCUGGCUUAGCAAGUCGCCAUUUCCUGAGAACAUAGAGAAGGAAUUGAGCAGGUUGGGCACUACCAUUGUCCUGUGCCUUCUCACGUUCCUGUAUGCUGGCAUUAACAUGUUCUGCUGGUCGGCAGCGCAGGUGGAGCUCAGCGACCCCGACCUGAUCAGCAAAUCGCAGAACUGGUACCGCAUGACCGUGUACUACAUCGUGCGGCUGAUGGAGAACGCCUUCCUCCUGCUGAUGUGGUACGUCUACAGAACAGACUUCUACCUCUAUGUCUGUGCCCCAAUGUUGUUCCUGCAGCUCCUGAUAGGUUACUGCAUGGGCAUCUUCUUCAUGUUGGUGUUCUACCAGUUCUGUCACCCGUGCAAAAAACUUUUCUCCUCCAGCAUUACUGAAGCUUUGCUGUCCUGUUUCAAGAUCCUCUACUUUAUUUGCCAGCAUCACAAAUCCACUCUGCUGACAGGCAAGGUGGUGAUGAAAUCUGAAAAUACUGAUGAAGCACGGGGUAGUAGCAAGACAAUAGAUUCUCAAAACAGGAAUACUCAUCAAAGUGUUUCUUCUAAUGCCUAGUACAACUGGAAGCAAGUAGGUGCCUUUGGAAGGUGGCAUAUCACCUGCUGGGAGCAUUGUGUAUCUUAGACAUUGUGUCUUGUGGGUAGGAUUUCUUUCUUGCAGAUGUAGCACUGCAUGAUGGCUGACAUGCCUGUUUUUGUGGAGAGCAGUGUAUGAGUAUUUGUGUUUGUGUAUGGAGAGCAAUCGUUGUUUGUAGAUUUCUAUUUCAGAGCCUUUUUGCACAUGGGUUUAUUGUCACAUGCUUAUUUUAAGUCAUUAUUGGAGACAUCAUUCAGAAACUGUCCUGAUGCUCACCUUACUCAGGAAGUCUGAGGAUGGAAGGCAAUGACUUUUAUUUCAGGAUGUCCCAUGGCAUGCCACCCUAGCAUGGAAACAGAGCUUAGACCUGGA